UUGAGGCAUUGAUGAUAAUGAUUAAGAGAAAGUGUAGCUCAGGUCGUCAAAAGAUUCCAAUUGAGAAAAUACCAAAAAAGAGUCAUUUACAAGUGACAUUCUCAAAGCGUCGUUCGGGGCUUUUCAAAAAGGCUAGUGAGUUAUGCACACUUUGUGGAGUGGAAAUUGCAAUCAUUGUUUUCUCCCCUGCUGAUAAAGCCUUCUCUUUUGGCCACCCAGAAGUUGAAUCCAUAAUCGAUUCUUAUCUAACUCCAAACUCUUCCCUAGAGUCUAGUAGUGGUCACCAGCUUGUUGAGGUACACCGCAAUGCAAAUAUUGGUAACCUCAACAUGCAACUCACCCAAAUUCUUAAUCAGUUGGAAAUUGAGAAAAAGCAAGGAGAAGAGUUAGAUCGAGUGUGGAAAACUAGACAGAGUAAGUUUUGGUGGGAGAUCCCUGUUCCUCAACUUGGAUUGCAUGAGUUACAACAUUUAAUGUUUUCAAUGGAGGAGUUGAAGAAGAAUGUUGCAAAAUAUGCUACCCAAAUGUUGAUGGACCAGAACAAUGUUCCUGCACCGGUUAAUGGGCCUGGGCCUGCGCCUAACGGAUUUGGGCCUUUUGAUGCCUUUGGCCACAAACCUCCUCAGAUUUACGCCAAUGUUAAUUCUUCCACUCUUAUUAAUCCCUCUGCUUUCAACUUUCGAUAUUGA